CAAGUUUCCCGUCUGUCGGCUGUUUCCAGCAGCUCUACUCGUGCUCACCAUCUUGUUACAUCUUUUUUUAUUUUAUUAAUAUUUAUUUUAAAAGCCAUUCAGGCUUAUUAAACAUUCAGUAUUUCAAGAAGAGCAGGUCGAACAAUCGAACAGAAAUGAAAGCAAGAACAGAGAAAGCUUAAUUACAGAGUCUCAGGGUUCAAAGAGCUUCCAGAUGAUCACAGACACUCAGAGACUCUUUUAAAGACGACACAUCGUGAAUAAAAACUCUUGUUACAGCUUCACUUCCAGUUUCCAUCAGAACUGCUUCCUCUGACGUUGUGAACAUGCGCAGUGAUACUCUGUAAAUGUGAUUACUGAGUUUCAGCAGUUCACUUCUCCACCACAUCCAGCGCUGCCUACAUUUCUACAGGAAGUGACGUCAUCUAUCAUCCCGCGAGCCUCUGUGAUAUCGCGAGAACACGAUGCUCCGCGAGAUCCAGCAGCGCUCCUGAGCUCAGCCUGAAGAUCUCCGAGUGACAGCGGAGACCUGCUGGAUCUCAGCGACCGGGACCGGGACCGGGACCAGGGCGGAAUGGAGGAGGACAGCCAGAAACCGGAGCACCGGAGGGACAACGUCCCCAGAAGACAAACAGCAGGCUCGCGCGCUGACAGCAGCGAUGUUCAGGAACGAGCUGCUUUCAGCUGUGAUCAGAGUCAGAAACGCUUCAUUGAUCCUGAGGGGAAACUGUUCGUUCCAGCAGCUCGCCGUCAGGCAGCCACACAGGAGGAGAAGCACUGAGCAGAAACUACAACACAGAAACGGAGAAGAAGCGAUGGACUCAAACGUCACAGCUGUCAGCACUGUGAGGAAUCCUUCACAACAUCGAAAUAUUUAAAGAUUCAUCAGAGACUUCACACUGGAGAGAAACCGUACAGCUGUGAGCAAUGUGGGAAAGGUUUCAUGCACUCAUGUAACUUAAAAUCCCACCAGCGUAUUCACACUGGAGAGAAACCAUACAGCUGUGAGCAAUGUGGGAAAGCUUUCAUGCACUCAAGUAACUUAAAAUCCCACCAGAGACUUCACACUGGAGAGAAACCGUACAGCUGUGAGCAAUGUGAGAAAGCUUUCAGUACAUCAGCGCACCUAAAAACCCACCAACGUAUUCACACUGGAGAGAAACCAUACAGUUGUGACCAGUGUGGGAAAACUUUCAGACAAGCAAAUCAGUUGAGCAACCACCGACGUAUUCACACUGGAGAGAAACCAUACUGGUGUGAGCAGUGUGGGAAAACUUUCAGGCAAGCAAGUCAGUUCAGCAACCACCGACGUGUUCACACUGGAGAGAAACCAUACAACUGUGACCAAUGUGAGAGAGCUUUCACAACAUCACCUGACCUAAAAAAGCACCAACGCGUUCACACUGGAGAGAAACCGUACAGCUGUGACCAAUGUGAGAAAGCUUUCAAAACAUUAGGUAACCUAAAAGUUCACCAACGUGUUCACAGUGGAGAGAAACCGUACAGUUGUGACCAAUGUGAGAAAGUUUUCAUGACAUCAAGUCACCUAAAAAUGCACAGACGUGUUCACACUGGAGAGAAACCAUACGGGUGUGACCAGUGUAAGAAAGUUUUCACGACAUCGGGUGAACUGAAAAUCCACCGACGUGUUCACACUGGAGAGAAACCGUACUGGUGUGAUGAAUGUGGGGUGGGUUUCACGCAAUUAGGUGCCCUAAAAAUCCAUCAACGCAUUCACACCGGAGAGAAACCACACAGCUGUGACCAGUGUGGGAAAUCUUUCACGCAGUCGAGUACCUUAAAAAAACACCAGCUCUGUCACACUGGAGUGAAACUACACAGCUGUGACCGAUGUGAGAAAGCUUUCUCUCGAGCAGAUGAUCUCAAAAAGCACCAACGUGUUCACACUGGAGAAAAACCGUACAGGUGUGACCAGUGUCAGAAAACUUUCACUAGAUCAACUUCUCUAAAUAUGCACCGACGUGUUCACACUGGAGAGAAACCGUACUGGUGUGACCAAUGUGGGAAAAUGUUUACUCAGGGGAGUACCCUUAAAGCCCACCAACGCCUUCACGCUGCAUCGUUUUGAACAUUUUUCAGAGCCACGCUAGCUGUUUCCUCCUGCCUCCUCCCCAUGCCCUGAUAGCUGUGUUGUUAUAUAAACCCACCCUCACCCCUCUGCUGGAGGGAGGGGCCUGGAAGAAGUGUUUCAACUGAUUCAGUCUGUUGUAAUGAUUCCUGAUCCACUUGGAUUUUAAAAAAUUGCUAUUUUGAUUAAUUAAAAGAAUUGAAUAUUUUGUUGAA